CCGGCGUGUGAGUCGGCCGGGAUCCGGCCGCCGCCAGCCGCGGGCGCCACUGGAGCGGCGGCGCCCGAAGACGCGCCCCAGGCUCGAAGAACAGCCCUGCUCGGUCGCCUCGUUCUCUGCAGCCAAGCGGCGGUAAUUUGAAGUUUUCUGUGAUCUCUGUCUUCUGGUAAUGGAUGUCCUUUUAAAGAAUACUGAAGACGAAGUUUUUUGUUUUGUUUCGUUUUUUUGUUUUUUAAUGGCUUUACAGAAUUUUAAAUUGAAUACAAUUUGACAUGACGGCAAAAAAUGUUGGUUUGACUUCUACAAAUGCAGAAUUAAGAGGAUUUAUAGAUCAGAAUCUCAGUCCAACGAAAGGUAACGUUUCAUUUGUUGCAUUUCCAGUUUCCAGCACCAACUCACCAACAAAGAUUUUACCAAAAACCUUAGGACCAAUAAAUGUGAAUGUUGGACCCCAAAUGAUUAUAAGCACACCACAGAGACUAACCAGUUCAGGAAGUGUUCUGAUUGGGAGUCCAUAUACCCCUGCACCAGCAAUGGUUACUCAGACACACAUAGCAGAAGCCACUGGCUGGGUCCCUGGUGAUAGAAAACGGGCUAGAGAAUUUAUAGACUCUGAUUUUUCAGAAAGCAAACGAAGCAAAAAAGGAGAUAAAAAUGGAAAGGGCUUGAGACAUUUUUCAAUGAAAGUGUGUGAGAAAGUUCAGCGGAAAGGUACAACAUCAUAUAAUGAAGUAGCUGAUGAGCUGGUGUCCGAAUUCACCAAUUCAAAUAACCAUUUGGCAGCUGAUUCGCAGGCUUAUGACCAGAAGAACAUUAGGCGAAGAGUUUAUGAUGCUUUAAAUGUGCUAAUGGCAAUGAACAUAAUUUCAAAGGAGAAAAAAGAAAUCAAGUGGAUCGGCUUGCCUACCAAUUCUGCUCAGGAAUGUCAAAACCUGGAGAUCGAGAAGCAGAGGCGGAUAGAACGGAUAAAGCAGAAGCGGGCCCAGCUUCAGGAACUUCUCCUACAGCAAAUCGCUUUCAAAAACCUGGUACAGAGAAAUCGGCAAAACGAACAGCAGAACCAGGGCCCUCCAGCUCUGAACUCCACCAUUCAGCUGCCAUUUAUAAUCAUCAAUACAAGCAGAAAAACAGUCAUAGACUGCAGCAUCUCCAGUGACAAGUUUGAAUAUCUUUUUAAUUUUGACAACACCUUUGAGAUUCAUGAUGACAUAGAAGUGCUGAAGCGGAUGGGAAUGUCCUUUGGCCUGGAGUCAGGCAAAUGCUCGUUGGAGGAUCUGAAACUUGCUAAAUCACUGGUGCCAAAGGCUUUAGAAGGUUAUAUCACAGAUAUCUCCACAGGACCGUCGUGGUUAAAUCAGGGACUGCUUUUGAACUCUACCCAGUCAGUUUCAAACUUAGACCUGACCACUGGUGCCACCUUGUCCCAAUCAAGGUAAUGGACAAGUCCUAAUCUGUGUUCCUGUCAGGAUGGUUCAAGGACCACCCACAGCAGAAUUGAUGGGGGGAGUUUUUAAAUUUUGCCUCCCUAGGACCCACCCCAGACGCUCACUCAAAAGCUCUGAUGGGGGGGGGGUGUGGAGCCUGGGAAGCUGUAUUUUUAAUAAACUCUGAGUGGGUUGUUUUGUCCAUUAAAGUGUGUCUUUGUCCAUCCUGAAAGAUUAAAAGAAGGAAAGAAAGAAUAAGCAUUUGAAAUGAGUUUAAGUUGUGCUUGAGGAAAAAAAUGUAUCAAGACUGU